CGACCAAGAAACCCUUCUUGGCAUUCCUUCCUGACCUUCUCUGCAUUCCCUCACCAACAAGAAACCCUUCUUGGCAUUCGACCUCCCGCAGAGCCCGAUCAGCGUGUUCCUCUGAUCUCUACUCGUCCCAAACUAUUUCCGGCUGCAGGGUUGUGGCGAUGAAGCUCGAUACUAGCGGUUUCGAAUCAUUUGCCCCUCUAAGCGGGUCAAUCGACGACGUCUGCUCUGAUCUCUCAGCGCACCAAUUUUUCGAUCUCCCUAACUGUUCCGAUUUUGAUGGAUUUCAGAAGAACGCGAUUCAGAUGGUGAAGCCGGCGAAAGGGACGACUACUCUUGCUUUCGUCUUCAAGGAAGGAGUCAUCGUCGCAGCCGAUUCUCGAGCUAGCAUGGGUGGAUAUAUCUCUUCUCAAACUGUCAAAAAAAUCAUUGAGAUAAAUCCAUACAUGAUUGGAACAAUGGCUGGAGGUGCUGCAGACUGCCAGUUUUGGCAUAGGAAUUUGGGCAUCAAGUGCCGCUUGCAUGAAUUGGCAAACAAGCGAAGGAUAUCGGUAGCAGGUGCUUCAAAGCUGUUGGCCAAUAUUCUAUACUCAUAUCGUGGAAUGGGCCUUUCAGUUGGGACCAUGAUUGCUGGAUGGGAUGAGACAGGACCUGGUUUGUAUUAUGUUGACAGUGAAGGAGGAAGACUUAAAGGUACACGUUUUUCUGUUGGAUCUGGAUCACCAUAUGCAUAUGGCGUACUGGAUAAUGGGUAUCGGUAUGACAUGUCAAUUGAGGAAGCUGCAGAACUGGCUCGUCGAGCCAUCUAUCAUGCAACCUUUCGUGAUGGAGCUAGUGGUGGCGUAGUCAGUGUGUAUUAUGUUGGACGUGAUGGCUGGAAAAAGCUCUCAGGAGAUGAUGUGGGGGAGCUUCAUUACACAUACUACCCAGUUGCCCCAAGUCCUGUUGAACAUGAGAUGGCUGAGGUCCCACCAGCUUGAGGGCAUUAUCCCUUAAGAAUGCCCUGCCUCUGAUAUUCAACUUUACCUUUUAUUUUUUAAUUUUAUUUUUUUAAAGAAAACCGCAAGAGAAGUUCUUAUUGCAGUAAAUUUAUAAUCAUGCAGCUUUUAGUGCUUAAUGUGAAGAUUUGUUUGCAAGGUUAAACAUUUGAAUAUUAAGUUUUAGUUUGAUGGUUAUGAUAUAUGCUGCUCAUGCAUUCGAAUGCAUUUCAUUU